AUGGAUCAUCAAGAGAGUAAUGUGAAAAAGGGGGGCGUUGCCGGUAGAAGCUUAAUCGAUUCGGUCUUCUCUUGGUCUAUGAAGGAUGUUCUCAAAAAAAUCUUUACAAAAAACAGCUACAAUGGGAUGAGUUAUGCAUGUCGAUUUCGCUUUGGUUGUGUCAACUUACAGGUGGCGAAAAUUCCUGAGACAUUUUCGACCGUGACUAGUUACAUGAAAUCGUUCCUUCCUUCACUUGUUGAGGAAACACAUGCUGAUUUACUCUCAAGCAUGAUGACUCUGUCACAGGCACCUACCUGUGAAAUUCUGGCUGUUAGAACUUCAAAGGGUCAUAAACCUCCCAAGGACUUGUUUUAUGAUAUUAUAAUUAAGGGCAGGGGAGAAGCCACAGGAUCAUAUGAGCCGCUGGCUGGAGAUCUUAUUGCCUUGACUGAUAUCAGACCAAAAUGCACCGAUGAUUUGAACAAGCCCAGAGAUUCAUAUCUCAUUGCGUAUGUUCUUCAAGGCAGAGAUAAUAACCUCUCAAUACUCUCAUCAAAGCCUAUCAAUAAAGAAGGAGGAAAAAAACUUCUUGCUGUCUAUCUAAUCAACAUGAUGACAAAUGUUCGCGUAUGGAGAGCUUUGAACUCAGAAGGGGCCAACACAAAUUUAACAAAGAAUGUGCUGCAAGUGCAACCCAAUUCAUCACAAGGUGGGAAUUCUUGUUCAAUUUGCUUUUCAAAAGAAAAAUGCUCUGCUGCCCUUUCAAAUAGAUGGCCCUCAAUGGGCUCUGAUCUAAAUGAUUCCCAAGAAGCUGCAGUUUUGAACUGUAUCAGUUUGAGUAAAUGUACUCACCAAAAUACCAUAAAACUAAUAUGGGGUCCUCCUGGGACUGGAAAAACCAAGACAGUUGCUAUGUCACUUUUUUCCCUCUUGAAGUUGAAGUGCAGAACACUAACAUGUGCUCCAACAAAUAUCGCUGUGUUAGAAGUGGCAGUGCGACUGCUGGGAUUGGUUAAUCAGUCUCUUGGUUGUGGAAAGUAUGGACUUGGAGAUAUAAUUCUGUUUGGGAAUGGGGAGCGGAUGAAGAUCGAUAAUUAUGAUGACCUUGUUGAGGUAUUUCUUGAUUAUCGUAUUGAAAUUCUGGCCGAGUGUUUUAACCCUCGGACUGGAUGGAAACAUUGGUUGGAAUCAAUGAUAGGUUUGCUUGAGGAUCCACAGGAAAAGUACUUGUUGUAUUUGAAAGAAAUAAGGGGAGGAAGAUGCGAUGAGGAUGGCAAAGAUAGCGAUAAUAUUUUGACAACGAUGAAGAGAGUGGUAAUGACCGCAAGGAAGGGAGUUAUAGUCAAUGAUAGCAACUCAACAAAGGAUGAUGAGGAUGAUUUUCUGACCUUAGAGGAGUUUGUGAAGGAAAAACUUAGUUCAAUUGGUAAGGAUCUGAAGAUUUGCAUGGUCAAUUUGUACACCCACUUACCAACUUCUUGCAUUUCACUGGAGGUUGUAAAGGCCAUGAUAAGAGCUUCGGAUUUGCUCAGUUCUCUUAAAGCUUUACUGCAGGAUGUUGGUUUUGCUAAUGAAAGGUCACAAUUAGUUCUAAAAGAUUGUGUUCAUACACUGAUGUCGCUUCGUGAAUUUUCUGUUCCUGAUUUGAAUGAUGUGAAGAAAAUAAGGACAUUGUGCUUGGCAAAUGCUUGUUUAAUAUUUUGCACCGCAUCAAGCUGUGCUAAAUUGAACAGAGAGAGAAUGAGACCUCUAGAAUUGCUAGUGAUUGAUGAAGCUGCUCAGCUUAAAGAAUGCGAAUCAGCAAUUCCUUUACAACUACCUGGUCUUCGCCAUGCUAUUCUCGUAGGAGAUGAGAAGCAACUCCCUGCUAUGGUUAAAAGCAAGAUUUCUGAGAAGGCUGGUUUUGGAAGAAGUUUGUUCGGAAGACUUGUACAGUUGGGACAUAAGAAGCACCUUCUCAAUGUCCAGUACAGAAUGCAUCCAUCAAUCAGCUUAUUCCCAAAAGGGGAGUUUUACAAGAACCGGAUAUCAGAUGGUCCAAAUGUCAAGCAAAGAAGCUAUGAGAGGUCUUUUCUUUCAGGAAAAAUGUAUGGAUCCUACUCCUUUAUAGAUAUAGUCAAUGGAAAAGAAGAAUUCGAUCGCUGGCAUAGUCCAAAAAAUAUGGUUGAGGUUGCUGUGGUCUGUGAGAUUGUGGCAAGCCUUUACAGAGAAUUUACUCGAACAAAGAAGAAGGUUAGUGUUGGGGUAAUAUCACCUUACAAAGCUCAAGUUAAUGCAAUUCAAGAGAGAGUCGGAGAAUACAGUGAAGUUUCUGGCACUGACUUCUCUGUAAGUGUGCGAACUGUUGACGGCUUUCAAGGUGGUGAAGAUGAUGUGAUAAUUAUCUCCACUGUCAGAUGUAACGAGAAAGGAUCUGUAGGUUUCGUCUCCAAUCUUCAAAGAGCAAACGUUAUGCUAACGCGCGCAAGGUACUGUCUUUGGAUUUUGGGGAACGAAGCAACUUUGAUCAGCUGUAACUCUAUUUGGAAGAAGCUAAUUCAUGAUGCAAAGAAACGCAAAUGUUUCUAUAAUGCUCAUGAGGACAAGGACUUGGCUCAGGCCAUUGCAGCAGCCCUCAUGGAGCUUGGCCAACUACAUAUUCUACUUAAUGCUGAUUCUCUGCUGUUCAAAAACGCCAUAUGGAAGGUUUAUUUCACCAAAAAAUUUCAGAAUUCCAUGGAAAAGAUUAAAGACACUGACAUCCGUGGAGAAGUGGUUUCCUUAUUAACAAAGCUCUCUGACGGCUGGCGCCAAACUUGCAAGGAUAAAAGAGUUAUAGUUCAUGGGGGGUCUUGUGGUCAGCUGUUAGAGAAGUAUAAAGUGAAAGGGCAGCUGAAUCUCAUUUGGUCAGUAGAUGUUCUUGAAGAGAACUCAGAUUACGUCCAGGUUAUGAAGAUUUGGGAUGUUCUUCCAGUUUCUGAUACUUCCGAAUUUGCGGAGCGGCUUCAGAUCAUAUUUCGUAGUUAUACAGCUGAUAAGAUGAACCUCUGCCUACUCAGAUGUGUUGAGGGAGAUAAAGUUGUUCCGAUGAGAUCCCCGGUAGAUUCGAGCAAUUCCCGUGAGGCUGAUCCUGUGGAGAUCCUUUCAAAACCGUUAUCUUCACUCAGUCUAACAGAUGAGCCACAAACAUAA